AUGCUUCCCUACAGCUUAAAUAAAGACACAUGCAUAGAUGUUUUAUCCGUGAUUUUAAUUUUGUGUUUUAGCAUGUCAGACUCAGACUGGGAGUUCUUGAGAAGACCGAGUAAGAUAGAAGAACCGCCAAAAAAGGAAACUGUUCCUGUUAAGGUGGUCUUUGGAGGGACAGAAAAGGACUAUGAUCUUCUGGCAAACGAAACCUUUGAAGAGAUAUACAAAGAGUAUGAAAGCCGGUUUAAAAUGGCGCUUGUUCUGGAGCACAAUGCAGCUCCACUGUCGAGAUACGCAAAAGCCAAGAUCUUGCAGGGAAAAGACAAGAGACACAUACUGAAGAUAGCACUGCCAAAAGAGCCCCCAAAGAAGAAGGAGAAAGUUGUCUACAAAAUACGCUAUGAAAAAUAUGAGAGCAUUGAAAUAGAAAGAAGCACAGAAAAAACAGUGGGCGAUCUUCUGAAAACAGUCAUUGCGAAACUUCCAGCACUUCCCAACAUAAAAAAAGCCUUUUUUGAGUUUGAUGGUGAUGUUUUAGAGAACAGCCAAAUCCUAGAUGAGAUAUUGCUGAGUGGAGACCUGAUAGAUCUCCUUAGAAACUAG